CAUCCCCCCCCCCACACACACACCUCCCAGCCGCACGUGAGCCUCUAGUGAACCUCCACGCGCAGCGAGAACAAACCGGUUGCUAACGGCUUAAACGUCACAGAAACUCGAUCCUGAUAGAACGCGGGGGAAAGAUGGCGGACGACCCGAGCGCUGCGGACAGGAACGUGGAAAUCUGGAAGAUUAAGAAGUUGAUCAAAAGCCUUGAAGCAGCCAGAGGGAAUGGCACCAGUAUGAUUUCCCUCAUCAUCCCCCCGAAGGACCAGAUCUCCCGUGUGGCUAAGAUGCUGGCGGACGAGUUCGGCACGGCGUCCAACAUUAAGAGCAGAGUGAACCGACUGUCAGUGCUGGGAGCCAUCACUUCAGUACAGCAGAGACUCAAACUCUACAACAAGGUGCCCCCCAAUGGCCUGGUGGUGUACUGCGGAACCAUCAUGACGGAGGAGGGCAAAGAGAAGAAAGUCAACAUCGACUUUGAGCCGUUCAAGCCAAUCAACACGUCCCUGUAUUUAUGCGACAACAAGUUUCACACAGAGGCUCUUACCGCAUUGCUCUCGGACGACAGCAAGUUCGGAUUUAUCGUGAUCGACGGCAGUGGCGCUCUCUUCGGAACUCUGCAAGGCAACACGAGAGAGGUUCUGCACAAAUUCACAGUGGACCUGCCGAAAAAGCACGGACGAGGAGGUCAGUCCGCCCUGCGAUUCGCUCGCCUGAGGAUGGAGAAAAGACACAACUACGUGAGGAAGGUGGCGGAGACGGCCGUGCAGCUGUUCGUCUCCAACGACAAGGUCAACGUAGCCGGGAUGGUCCUCGCCGGAUCAGCCGACUUUAAAACCGAGCUCAGCCAGUCGGACAUGUUCGACCCGAGGUUACAAGCCAAGGUGCUGAAACUGGUGGACAUUUCUUAUGGAGGAGAGAACGGAUUCAAUCAGGCGAUCGAACUGUCGGCCGAGGUGCUCUCCAACGUCAAAUUCAUUCAGGAGAAGAAGCUGAUAGGACGCUACUUUGACGAGAUCAGUCAGGACACGGGGAAGUACUGUUUCGGAGUCGAGGACACGCUCAAAGCUCUGGAGAUGGGAGCCGUGGAGAUUCUAAUCGUCUACGAGAACCUGGACACCAUGCGCUACGUACUACGCUGCCACGGAGCAGAGGGCAGUGGGCCUGAAAAUGAUGAGAAGACACUAUAUUUGACACCAGAGCAGGAGAAGGAUAAGUCUCACUUCACAGACAAAGAGACAGGGCAGGAGCACGAGCUCUUAGAGAGCAUGCCGCUGCUCGAGUGGUUCGCCAACAACUACAAGAAAUUCGGGGCUACGCUGGAGAUCGUGACGGACAAAAGUCAGGAGGGCUCGCAGUUUGUGAAGGGCUUCGGCGGGAUCGGGGGAAUUUUGCGAUACAGGGUGGAUUUCCAGGGCAUGGACUAUCAGGGAGAAGACGAGGAGUUGUACGACUUGGAUGACUACUAGGUAGUCGUGACUGAUGAACGGAGAAAUUUAGGAUUUCCCCUUUUACAACUCUGCAGACAGACGGGGAAGGAAAAGAUGGUGAAUCAGCGACGAGAGGAACGAUUUGUAAGAGCGACCUUAAACGCAGUGACCGAAUGGAGCUGAGUGUGUUUUGCUCCUCGACACGUCAUUAACACGUCACACAGAAACAGUACGGACACAUGAGGAAGUCCUCCGGUCGUGCGCCAUUUCUCAAGCCUCCUUUUUUACUGACUCCUGCUGCUACUUUAUGAGUUCGUGGCAUUUUUUAAUAACGUAGAUGAAAAGCAGAGGGGAUUAACCGUGUGCCGCUGCCUCAAGCUCAUCGUCCAGACCUGCGUUUCUUUCAUUUCUGCUGCGUAUCAAUCUCUGAGCCGGUUAAAUCUCUGUGAAGGACCAUCGCCUAGCUGGAUCGCCUCUUCGUACUGCUGAAGACAAAGUGUGUCUCGCUUUAGCCUUUAGGAAACAUCCCAAACUGUUUGAGUGCCUGAAAAGUUGAAAUCGGUGAAACACGACUGCGCAGUUCACCCAGUUCUGAACUCGGGUGGAGUUUUAAUCUGUGAUUUGGAUUUAAGAGCUGUGAGCUCAUAUUUCCUAAACCGCAAGCUGGAUUAGUGACAUUAUUCGCGCAUGAGAACACCAGAUCACACUGGAAGGACUAAAAUUGAGGAUUUUUCAUAUUCCACUUCCUGCCCUUCCACAUCCAGUCUAUCGAAGGGCGGAUUUGGUUUUAAAAUUAAAAAAAAAAGGACAUAUGCGACCUUAUCGCUCUCAUUCAGUCCUUAUUCUGAUACACUAGGCAGCAGGCAAACCCCAUUUAUAGAGUCUAAUGAGAAAAUACACACACACACACACACACACACACACACAAAGGAUUCUUUCUAUUUUAACAAGUAUUUCCUGUAUUUUCUCAUCUCCGUGCCUAAUCCAUUGAUAUUUUGUAUAAAUCAUUUGUUACACGAGGUCACAGAUAUUAAACGUUCUCAUCGUUUGCACA